GGGGUCAAACUAGGUAUGACUGUUUUAAAUUGACUGUACCUAUAGAUUUUUGAUAUAUCUAUUGAUACAAUUUAUGAGUGAUAAAUUACUCCAUCUCGAAGAAUCAUUGCGUAAUAAUACUUCCGUAUCCAUCAAUGAUGGUAAUAUUAGUAAUGGUGACUCUCGUUUAAAUCAAAAUUCCCACUAUUCUUCACGGAAUUAUUCUAACGAUCAUGGUUCAGAAUCUGCAUUGUUGGAGGAUUGUGACCGGGAUUUCGUUACUAAACCAGUAGUAACAAGACCAACACUAGGUGACAAGCGUAACAGUACUGCGACUGGAAGUAGUAGCAGCGGCAUUGGUACAAUGCCAGGCGGGAAUAAUCGCACUGGAUCCAACAUCAUAGCUUUAAGUGGCUACGAGAAAGACAAAUUUUCAAUAACUUCUCGUGAAAGCGAGAAACAACUAAAAAUGCCCGUUGUUACUCAAGAUCAUUCAAAUGAUAGUCAGAAUAAAUCUAGAGAAUUAUACCGUACUCAACUAACCGAUUCACAAUUAAUGAGACGUAAAACAUACGGAAAUGCACGUUCUAGCAGUCCUACAGUUAGUACAGAUACCAACUCCGAAACUCAUGUUCCAAAUGAAAAUUGUAAUGAUCAAUCUGCCUUAUCAAGGUCAAGGAAACGUGCAAGAAGUGAAGUCCCUAGGAUGGGAUCUACUGGUUCAAAUAAUUUAUCAUCGAAUCCUUUACUCAGAUCGGUUAAUGAUGACCAAGAAGACAGUGAAGACGGCGAGCGAGUUGCUUUGAAUAAAGGUAAUUCACGCUCAGAUAUUGAAGAAGAUGGAUUUCAUACUGGAAAUGAUUUCGACGUAGGCAUUCGUGGUAGACACCGCCGUCAAACGUAUCAACUAAACAGCCGUCAGAGAGACUCAUCUCUAGGUCGGUAUACACGAUCGACAGCGUAUGGUUCUUCAGGAGGCACAUUGCCUCGUCGGCAGCGUAUGACAGGGAGUCUAACUCGGGCUACCACAAUCAGUGGUGUUGAUCCACAUGGUACUUUAAGAUCAGCAUGUAGGCUUGCUCACUCUAUUCGUGCUGGUAUUAUUCCACCCCCACCAUCAGAGCCUCCUCCUGCUACACCACUCUCUGGUUCGUUGAUAUCUGAAUUAGAAUCUAUUGGACCAAAUGCAGUUACUGGUUUACUAAAUCCAUUCGCAUUGCAGCUGCAUAAUUCACAACAACAACAACAGCAACAACAGGCUUUAGCAGCAGCUGUUGCAGCAGCCGGUGGAUUUCCACAAGUCUUAUCAGGUGUCAAUCAGAAUAAUCUAACCAAUUCUUAUAUGCUUAGUCCUGCUUUAUUGAAUGCUGAGACUAAUAAAUUACUUCAAUUACAACAAGCUAAACUGAUAGCUCAACAUCAAGUUGGUUUGGUGGAACAACAAUUACGUCAGCAACAGCAGCAACAACAACAACAGCAACAACUUCUAGCUGCUGCUGUGGCUGCCAACAGUUUAAUGCAAAAUCCCACAGUAAAUGGUCAUACUCUAUCAAAUGGGUCAUAUCUUCAAGGUUUCGGUACAUAUGGUCGUACAUCACGGCCUGGUUCGACCAUCCCACCUUCUAUGCAGUCAUAUUUAUCCCCAGGAAAUUUGUUAGCUGUUCAGCAGCAACAGCAAUUAGAAGCAAAUCAAUUAUUAUUAUUAAACGAUGCAAAUGUACAAAUGUCGACAUUGAAUUUUACGGGCUCUCCAUCUGUGAAUCUAUUGAAUUCAGAAUUAAAUGAAGCAGCCAGUAUAAGCAAAUCAUCCGCAGACUGUGGUGGUGGAGGUGGAGGAUCAGGUUCAGUGGUUUAUGAAAACUCCUACAGCUCAUUCAAUAAACUUUUGACAAACAGUGUUCUGCCUGACUCAUCUCUAUGUCAACCCGGUUUACAAUCAUUUAUUUCUACUAAUGGAUCAAAUCCGAAUGAUGCAAUUUAUAUAGGGAAUUCACAAAAUGUAUCAAUCAUGAAUGGUACGAUUGGGCAUGAUAAUAACACAGCUCCUCCACUAGUCCAAACGUUUAUAUCUUCCGUACAACAAUCACAGCAACAACAGGGUCGUUCAAAUAAUCCCGGGCUAAUUGACUCUACUAGAAGUAUUGAACCAACUUAUUCCACUACAAAUGAUGCUUUACGUGCCAAAUCAAAGUCUCAUUCAGAUUCAGUGGUUGUUGUUGAAAGAAAAUCUAAACGCCAUUGUCCAUGGUAUUACUGGAUUAUUAGUAUAUUGAUAUUAGCCUUCCUUCUCGCACUUGUACUGGCUGUAUCCUUUUCAGAGGAGAAGAAACGUUUAGACCAUCGGUUACAAGAACGAUUCGCUCAAGAUCCUGCGAUUAUAGGUCUUUUUGAUCCUAACUCACCUCCAUAUAUCUUAGAAGCAAAUAAGCCUGUAAAUAUUGUUCUAGAGCCAAUGAAAUCAUGGUCAGGUCAAUGGCAUAUGCCUACAGCGCGUUAUAUACGCUAUAAUAUUACAGUAUCUUCGUUAGCCUCAUCAAUUGGUGUAUUUAUGCGUCACAACACAAUGCCAACCAUUAUACAUUAUGAUAUAUUCGAUAGGAUAACUGGACAUAAUUUGUUAGCAAAUUCUGGUCGACAAGAAUUAGGCAGUCGUACAAAGCGUUCCACUCAAUCAACUAAUCGAAAUUCAAAGUCUUUAAUUCAUAUAGGUCCUAAAGAUGAAUUACGUGAAACUGGGCGUUUGCAUUAUUUAGAUGAAGGGAUAUGGUUUCUGGCUUUGGUUAACGAUCAACCUCGACGUGAACCAAUCAAAUUCGCUAUCGGUGAUGCAGUAAUGCGACGAGGUUGUCCAAAUGAUUGCAGUAAUCGUGGUGUGUGUGAUGGUGGUGUUUGCGAUUGUGUGAAUGGAUUCAAAGGUCCAGAUUGUUCAAUAGCUGAGUUACCGAAAGUUUGCAGUGGGCAUGGUGAUUACGCAUCUGGUGCUUGUCGAUGUUAUCCUGAAUGGAAAGGUCAAGAGUGUCAGACAUUAUGGUCUGAAUGUGAAGAUCCUACCUGUUCAGGUAAUGGUCGUUGUGUUGUUGGUGAAUGUCAGUGUUAUGAAGGUUAUGCUGGAAAUUUGUGCCAGACACGAACGUGUAUCUCUUUCAAUUGUUCUGGUCACGGAGUUUGCAUGAAUGGAAAUUGUCGAUGCUUCAAUGGUUGGUCUGGUAUCGGUUGUGAGCUACCUGUACCUAAUCAUUUAAUAAAUUCUGAACUAAUUCAUCCGUCUAAUGGAGCAUCUACAUCUGGUAACACGGGUAAUGGAAAUAAUAAUAAUAAUGAUAAUAAUAAUAAUAAUAAAAUGUUUAACCGAUUAAUGAUGAAGUCACUGUCUUCUCCUUCUUCAUCGUCUGUACGAGCGAUGGGAUUAUCAUCCGCACCUGUUAGGUUGUUGUUGGAUGCAGCAUCAGAACAAGAAUGCACACUCGACUGUAGUUCCCACGGUGUAUGUGAAUAUAUGGAUGGUUAUGAUCAGCCUGUAUGCCGAUGCUUUUCUGGUUGGACAGGUUCCGAUUGUUCUACAAAACGAUGCGAUACUCGUUGUUUUAUAAAUGGACAUUGUACUAAUGGUACAUGUAUUUGUAAAGUCGGUUGGAAUGGAAAAUACUGUACAUUAGAUGGUUGCCCAGAUCAUUGUAAUGGACACGGUCAAUGCAUCAUGAAUAUAUUGACUAAUUUUUAUUAUUGUCAAUGUUCUCCUGGUUGGUCAGGUAGUGCGUGUCAACGACAAAUCGAAACAAUAUGUGAUGAUGGAAUAGAUAAUGAUCAUGAUGAUCUUGUUGAUUGUUUAGAUCCCGAUUGCUGUACAUCGACACAUUGUGACCGACUCAUUAAACUUGGUCCAAAUGCUGGUGGUCUAGCUGCUGAUAACGCUCAACAAAGUUGUGCACAUAGUGAAUCAUUUGAUUAUUACUUAUUAAUUACACCGAUUGCACCCUUGGACAGUGCAUUUUAUGGCCAAUUAGAAUUCCUUCUAAGACGUGAACGUAUUGUUGUAGAGAACUUUGAUCCCAGACGUAUUUCCGUUGUUCGUGGUGUGGUUCGUCAGUGGGAUGGAACUGUAUUUUGGGGUUGUCGUGUAUCCGAUCGAGCUAAUAUGCAAAAUGGAUAUACACUAACUGAUAAGAAUGGAAGAUUUGACUUACCAGUUGAUGGGGGAACAAUUGUUCAGUUAGAAUUCUUACGGUAUCCGACUGAUCGAUUUUCAGCCAUACAUAAUUUAUAUGUCCCUGUUAAUCAAAUUGUCAAUAUGGGUGAUUUUUAUAUGUAUGAUGCUAAACAAUUAUCACAUAAUGACCUACCCACAACAAUAACAACGAAAACUACUACAAAUAAUAUUAUAUCAGGGGAUUUUGGGGGUACACUUGGUCCAUCACCAAUACACGGGGAUCUAUGGAUUAUGAACAGUUUUAUGCCCAAGUUCUCAGAUAAAGAUAUAGUCGUAGAAAAUUUAUGUAUUAGUGGAAAUAUACAUGACAUAGUUACACUUGGUGGUCCUUAUAUCCAAAGCAAUUCAUUAAUGGAUAUUUCUACUAUUUGCCUAGAUGAGCAAAAUGUCAUAUGCGUCAGAAAUGGAGCAUUGAUGUAUAAUAUUCCGAUAAAGGAUACACAACUGCGGCUUAUAUACCGUUCCGAUCGCACUUCCGGUUACAAACCUGGCAUAUCUAUUCAUUUAUUAGCAUCGAAUCGCGCUCCACCUUUGAAUUUGAAAGAAAUUCACCUAGUAAUUGAUAUUGCUGGUCAACGCCACGUGAAGCUUUUAGAACCUGAACCUGGCUUACUAAACACUUUCUACUGGAAUAAAACGGAUGGUUACAAUCGCUCUGUUUAUGGUUUAGCUGAAGCUAAAGUAUCUGUUGGUUAUGCAUACACGAACUGUCCACGUAUUUUCUGGGAAUAUCGAGUUGUCCAACUACCCGGAAGCGAACUAAUCAGUUCAGAUUUAGCUAAUUGGAAUUUAAAUAUUUUACAUACGUAUGCGGUUAGCCAUGGGAUUAUUUAUCGCGGUGAUGGUUCACAUUUCUACUUGAAACAAACAGACUGGCAUAUUAGUGCAGUCAUUGGACUAACUGAACAACGUCGACCGCCAAACGACUGUAGUCAAUGUUCAAUUAAUGAUAAACCAACUCGACAAUUAUCUCUACGUAACCCAUACUGUUUACUAACUGAUUCAGUUGGCAAUCUUCUAAUUGGAGAUGGGGGAUUUUUACGUUGGUUAAAUUCAACUAAAUCAGCCGAGGAGUACAAGUCUUCAUCAGUGUUAUCGUCUUCUUCACUAUCUUUUAGAGCGCCACUGAUAAGAUCAGAUUCACUAAACAGUCCAUUUCAAGAACAAUUGAAACGUAAUGAUCGUAGAAGAUGGGAAACAAUAAUUGAUUACAAGCUUGACUUUCUUCAAUCUAAUUUUGAUGAAGAUCAGUUAACAAACUAUUUUAUAACUGUUCAUCCAAAUUAUAUAUAUCGUACAAACGAUUACACUAUGGUAACAUUAUUAGGGAACAGUGGAAAUGUUGGUGGAGCAGACCUUUCAAAUGGAUUAUUCCUGUCACACACGAGUAGUAAAAGCAUAUGGUGGCUAAAAACUACACCAGAUUUAUCAGCACACUUACUUAUUGGAGGAAAUUGUCAAUCGCCAAGCUCUAAAUCUAACAUUAAUUCUGAAUCAUCGUCCUCAACUGCAUUCAACUACCAAGAGUUCUGUAUUAAACAGAAUUUGACAUCCCCUAAAGGAAUUGUCGCUACACAAACGGAAUUGUAUUUUAUUGAUUCUCAAUCUAUUUGGUCAUUGUCGUUACGGCAAACUGGUUCUAGUACGAUCCCAUUUUCCCGACUUGUAAUUGGAAGUGAUCCAAAUUAUUUAUCAAAUCCAAAGUCACUUAACACAACUACCUCAGGGACCAGUAUUCCAAAAACAACUCCAUCUUCAUCGACACCACCUUGUGACCGAUCUGUCCCGGGAAAUCAGAUGUUGUUAAAUAAUCCUGAACACUUGGCAUUUAGCACCUUAGAGCAAACAUUAUACUUCUCUGAUAACGACCAUGUUUAUCGUUACCAUUUAGUCAAUCAAAUGGUAUCGUUAGCAGCUGGACGCCUUAAAGGCUGUCCUAUUAAAACAGAUGAUUGGAGUUUUGCUCCACUGGCAACACAAGUUGAAUUAGGUGAUAUUCGUGGUCUCAGUGUAUCACCUCAAGGUGAUUUGUUUAUCGCGGGACCUCAGCAUAUAUGGAUCCGUCGGUCGAAUGAUAAUCGCUUGUAUCCUAUUACUGGAAUUCAUCCUAGUCAACCUAGACAGUUCAAGGGAGAUGUGAAUAAUUCAAAGAAACGUCAUUCUAGCACUGAUGAAAGUGUUAUAGAUUUAGGAUUAGUCAAUGAAUUUUCAUUUAACAGUAUUAGCAGUAUAACUGUCAGUUUAUUUGGUGAACUAUUUGUAGCCGAUAAUUCACAUAACAGAGUAUAUCGUAUACAUUAUCAAUUGCCGGAAAAGUCUGAAACAGGCAACACAUAUCGUAUACUGUACUCACAAACAGAUGAAAUCGAUUCAUUCGGUUCUUAUGGCCAACUGAUUUCAACUGAGAGUGCUUCUACUCAAAUGAUAUCACAUAGACUGGAUUAUCGUAAUAAUGAAAUAAGCGGUUGGCUUUCACAAAUUCGUGGUGAUGAUCAUAAUAUUAAAUUAAGUAUACAUCGUGAUACACAUGGAAAUCUUUUACGCCUUCAAACCCCAACAGGUCAUCUGUACAAUGUAACACUGGAGCCUGGUUCUGGACAACGCAUUAGUACUCUUGUUGAUCCAGUUAACGGAGGUCUUUGGAAAUUUCUUUAUUCAUCAGACGGUCUCUUAACUUAUUUAAAAAAUCCACAGGAUUCAAGUUAUACACAAUUUCACUAUGCUCCUGAAUCAGGUCGUUUGCUACAAAUUACAUAUCCGAACGCUAAAUCUAUUGAUGUAGCUCGUAUUGUCAGGAGUCAAAUCCCUGUGAAUAUGAGGUUUCAUACUUUGGAUGAAGUUUCAAAUCAAGAUAAUACACCUAAAAGUGAUUCAACAAAUACUCCUGAUCAGUUGUCCACAGUAAUCAUGAUACAAACUACGGAUUCGAAUAAACAUGAGAUGGAAAUCGACUAUGGCGAUUCAAAUAAUCUUUGGAAAGUUCUUCUAGCGCAAGUUUAUCAAAUUCGAAAGGAUUUAUACGCACCAGUACAAUUGGUUCGACAAAUCACGAUACCUGGGAAUAGUAUAAGAAAUGCAAUUGAACAUACAAAUGUAUGGACAUAUCAUUUGAAUGAUCAAAGCAAUCCAAGAAUACUUGAUACUCAUACUUCAAUAGGUGGUGGAGGAUAUUCAGAUUUUGGCGUAAAUUUUGAUAGGAAGUCACAACCAUAUCACUUUUUUAAGAAUCAUUUUCGACGUAGUAUUUCGGCACAGAAUUAUCUAUCUGGAUCAGAUUUACAUCGUUCAAAAAGUCAAAUGUCCCAUCCUUUUUCUAAGAGAUUUACUGCUCGGUCUAUUUUCAAUUAUAAUGACAAGAAUUAUAAUAAUCUCGGUGAAGAAGUAGACUGGCAUUAUCAGAAGACCCUAACAGUGAAUGGUCAAAAUCUGCUCAAUGUUAAUUUUAACUGGGCACUACAAUUAGAAACUUAUCAACACGCUUCAACUGGACACAUUCUUUUGCAAGUCGUGUAUAAUGCGAAUUUUCAACCGAUGAUUUUUAAUGCUUCUGCAAAUUACUUGCAAUCGGCGGGAGCACAUGAAAUGUUUUAUCCAACAAAAGCAGAUUAUAUACGACCAGCUACAUUGAUACUUGCAUAUACAAAGACUGGACAUUUAAGCGCAGUUGAGUGGGGAAAUGCAAGUUAUCAUUUUUCCUAUGAUGUUCUGAAUCGAUUGAAAGCAGCCGAUUUAGGAAGACCUGCGGAUACUUUAUCAUUUCAAUAUGGAAUCCAAAAUAUUCCAUUUCAGCCAACAAUGGUUUCUGUGAGUGGAUCAGGUCUCUACACAUUACUUUAUUCUGAUAGCUUUAUUGGGUCUAGUGAACAUCAAGAAGCUAGUUCAUUAUCAUCAUCAAAAUCAGACUAUAUGGGUCUUUCUGGAGUUAUCACUCCAACCGGUCUUAGACGUCAGUUUACUCGAAUCAAUGGAAUAAAAGUUAAUCGUUUGAUGUUUACACCAUGGCUAGACUCACCCGGUUCCUGGGUCUAUGAAUGGGGAAGUGAUGUUGGUAGUUCUAUGAAAUUGUCAUCAGAUCAUUCACACUUGCUUCGUUUCAUAUGGCCAAGUAGUUAUAGGCGUAUAUCAUUAUUUCCUAAACAAAAUUUCGUAAUUUACGAUAAAACAUCAGUUCGAUGGGAUUCUAAUGGUUUGAAACAACCAGUUAAUAUAUUAACUGCUCCACUUGUACAGUUGACGGAUACUGCAUCUGGUUUUCGGUUACAGUAUCAGCGUAUCUUUCAAGGAAGUUUAUUACAAUCUUUGCAUAUAAAUCACCGACUACCAGGUGUAAAAACUGCCCAUCCUAAUCUUGGGGGAAUCCUGAAUGCUAAAUUCACUUAUGGUUAUGACUUAAAUAUGAAUCUUGUAAGUAUUCAUACAUCAUUGUUUAUAAGGAAUAAUGAAGACGAUUUUGGUAAUACAAUUAAUUCUGAUGAUAAGACAGUAUUGAAUGAAGAAUCAUCAAUCCGGUUAGAUUCAUUAACUGGUCGUGUAUUGACUAUGAAUGAAUUCACUAUCAAUCAUCAAUCCUCUUCAUUGCAUAUAACUUAUAAUUUAAAAAAUAUACAAAUUUAUCGUCAAUGGGAUGAUCGUCAACGUAUUAUACAAUGCGUAUUGCAUUCACUUAACAGCAGACGUGAAUUGUUAUAUAACUUGUCAUUAUCAUAUCAACCAAACGCUUUACAAGCCUUACAACAACGUGAAGAACGUGAAGGUCAAGUACCACGAUGGAUCACAUAUGUACAUGGUCCAGGUGGACGUAUAGAAGCUGUGGACCGUGAAGAAGCUGGUACAAGUUUAAGAUCACAUAGCCAGUUGAUUUACAAUGCUGAAGGACGAAUAGCACAUCUUCGUAUAGCUACAUCAGAUCCUCAGCUACCAUCGAAUGAGUGGUCAGAGUCUGGAUUAACAAGCCGUUCAGAAGAACUACAGUUCAUUUAUGACUCAAGAGGUUUAUUGGCAAAACGAGGCAACUGGCACUAUAAUUUUGAUGAAGAUGGAUUCCUGAUAAAACGCCAUUUACACAAUUUUUAUAUUACAGAUCAAUUUGCUUACAAUAGUAAAGGAUUGUUGAUAUGGGCCGAGCGUGCAGUUGACAAAAGUGUUGAUUCAUCGUCCACUGACAAUUUUCAUUCAACACCAUCGUCAUCAUCACCAUUGGAUCAAUGGGCUUUAGAGGAUGACGCCGGCUUAAAGCGUUCUUACUCAGUUCAAUUCAUUUAUGAUUCUGAGGAUCGGUUGAUAAUUGUGCGUGAUACCUUAAUUGUACGGGAUUCAGUUCAAUAUUUCUACGCUGAUCCCAAACACCCUACACGUGUAACACAUAUUUUUAAUCAUGGACGUUUGAAAACUAUCCGACUGUUAUAUGACCCUGUACAUGGUCAUGUAUUUGCUUUAGAACAAUAUGAUAAUGGUGGUUUAAAUACAAAUAACGGUAAAAGAAACAAUCUGAAUUCUAAUAGUAUUCCAUCUCCAAUGAACUCCUUCGAUGAUAAUCAGUUUCAUCAUGAUUCUACUAAUUCGGCACAAAAACGUGUAUUUUUCAUAAUUACUAAUCAUGAAGGUAGUCCAACUGCCGCAUUUUCCGAGAAUGGAAAGUUGGCAUGGGCUGCUGAAUACUCCGCUACAGGAAGUCGACGUCUAACAUUAUCUAGCCGCAACAAUUUCUUCACACGUGCCCUUAUUGAAGAAGUUGAUUUACCACUGGGUCAGGCCUCGUGCAUUACCGAUUUUCAUACUGGAUUUCUUUUCUGUCCACCAACUAGUCGUGCAUAUGAUCCUCUUGGUGCAACAUUUACUAGUCCGGAUUGGCGAGGCCUUAUUUCCACUCGACUUUCGAAUGUUAAACGUGAUCCAUCAGUAUUAGAUACUCACAAAUGGGGUCUGACUGAACAAGAAGCGUUAGGAACUGGCCCGAAUGGUCUCUUUGCAGAACUUCGUAAAGCUAUGACAUCACCUAUUUGGUGGCUUAAACAAGUUGGUUUCAAUCUGGACAAUUUUCUGACAAAGUUUGAUACGUUUGAAGGAAAGGUGGAUAGCAGUAAAAACUCACUCAAAAAUUCAUUGCCUUUAUUUCCAAUUGAUAUUACAUCCAUUCAUUCAUUUGAUCGCAUUCAUAACCAAGGUUAUAAACAGUUAAACAGCAAAUUCGAGCAUCUCAGUAUGUUGAAGUCUAAUCAGUUAACUCCUGGUGGACCACAUGGUAGUGGGCUAUCAAGCUUUCUUCUUGACUCAAGAGAUGUUAAUGAUGAAAUGUCUUUGCCUCUGUUACCCGCAAACACAAUGUUCGGACCUGAAGUCGGUUAUGUAGUUGACGAUGAUACUGGAUCUGUUAAAGUUAUCUCCAUCAAUCAAUCCCAGCCAACCAAGACGCAAUUCCAAGAUGUAUCAAUCGACAGUUCACUAGAAACAGAACUCGCUUCUAUACUUAUAUCAGAUACAAACCUUGUAGAUUGGUGGAGUUACUCGAAAUCAUCCUUCCCUUCCUCUCCAUCAUCAUCGUCAACAACAACAACACAAACAGCAGUAUCACAGCUCAGUACAACACUAUUCAUUCAACUAUUUCUAGCAACUAAAAAAGAUUUUCAUUCUACAGUAAAACAAUUAACUACAUUAGGUUUCCAACUACCAAUGUAUGAUCGUAUUAGUGGUAUCAAUUUAACAAUAAUGAAUACAAAUGAAAAAUAUAAAGAAUUAUGGAUUACACGAUAUAAUUUACAAUGGAGAAUAAGAUAUUUCAAUUCACCAUAUCCAUUAUCACCCACGACAGCAUGGUCUGUUCUAGUCAAUUCAACUGUUGACGAUGCUAAAAGACGUGGAAAAACAUCAGCUUGGUUGAAUGAAGUUAAAUUAACGCAGCAAUUCAUCCCAACACUCAAACCAACACCAUCAAAAAUCGACCAUCUUAAUAUCAAUCAAAAUAAUUUUGUCUAUCAUAAACUAACAUCCAAGUAUAUUUUGGGAUUCAAUUACCCAUGGAAUAGGCAUGAACUCAGCGAAUUAGUACAAAACAACACUGUUAUGAAUUAUCGUUGGAUCCCAACAAUAGAUUUUCUACAAUACUCAUCUUCUCCCUCAUUAUCUUCUGACACUUCUGCAUUAUGUAGGCUAUAUGAUCAUUCGAGUAUGUAUCAGAUACGACCAAAGGAAUUAAAUAAACACGAAAAAGAUUUGCAAAAAUAA